CGCCGCACACGCGCAAUGGGAGUUCUCCACACUUCCAUCACAAACGACUCCAUCAUUAGGCCAGCAGGAUUUUACAUUAUCGGAUUUACGAAUUUUGAGUUUGCCGAUUUAUAUUUAACUUUCCUCGGCUUCAUUUAUAUUGUAACGGUUUUGUGCAACACCUUCAUCAUUUCCAUUAUAUGGACAGAUCAUCGCCUACACACUCCAAAGUACCUUGCGGUGGCUAAUUUAGCCAUUGUCGACUUGAUCUGUAGUACAUCCUUUAUUCCUAGUUCGAUCAAGACUGUUGUCACGAGAGAUACCUUCACAUCCUACAACGCAUGUUUGACGCAGGUAUUUUUUUAUUACGGUUCUAUAGCACUAGAGUCAUUCUCCCUGGGUGUACUUGCCUAUGACAGGUUAAUUGUGAUAUGUUUCCCACUGAGGCACAGUUCUAUCAACACUCCCACCAGAAUGAUCAGUAUUUUAGCGAUUGUUUGGUUGUUUUGUGUGAGCAUCACUGUGUUCAUGGCUUCCAACCUGACAAAACUGUCUUUUUGCGAUUCCCUCACUGUGUACAACUUUAUGUGUGACCACGUGGCCGUGAUCAAUCUAGCGUGCAAUGACAACACAAUACAUUGGACCUCUGCCUCUGUUCUCACUGUACUGGUUUUUUUUGGGCCCCUUAGUUUAAUCAUAGUGUCAUACGCCUGUAUUUUGACAGCCGUGUUUAAAAUGAAAAAUGUGGCGAGCAGGUACAAAGCACUUGCAACGUGCACGGAACAUUUCAUUCUAGUGGCCAUUUUCUAUUUUCCGACCAUGGCGCUGUACAUCGUCGAACUUUUCUUAUUCUUUGUCAAUCCAGAUAUCAGGAUGGUGAACUUGUCGUUAGCCUCGUGCCUCCCGUCCUGUCUGAACCCCAUUGUGUAUUCCCUGGCAACCAAAGAAAUCAAGAACAGAAUACUGGCUACGCUCCAGAAAGUCAAGGUAGCAGCGUGGGACAUUUUGAAAUGAAUAAAAUUCACUUAUUUU